GUGUACAAUCUUUCGUUAGAGAAUCCGGGGUUCCACACACAUUAAGCAUGUGCUGCGAAAAGUAAAUUUUCUUCGUGAGAACUGCAGUUCUGAUGUCGAGAAUGCCUCCUGGAAGUCAGAUAUUUGUUGGCUUUCGUGCUCUGGGGUUCCACUGCAACCAUGUUCCGCUUGCACUGCGCUAUCAUCAAAGACACAAGGACCAUUACGUGGUAACAUCGGUCGGAAAAUCCUUCCACACUUACAACUGCUCCAAGUUGGGAAUUGUUAGUGUCAGCAACACCCAUCCUAGUGACAUCAGAUGCAUAGCAGCCGAUGCGUUCCUCGUAUUUACGGCUUGUCAGAACAUUGUCAGGGCGUUCACCCAAGGAAGACAGGUUCUGUACACCUACAUCGGGCACGACAAAGAUGUCCAUCUUCUUCUGCCGUUUGGUGAUCAUCUCGUCUCUGUUGAUGAAGACAGUCUCUUGAAAAUAUGGGAUAUCAAAUCAGCAGAGAUUUACCUGGAGAUCCAGUUUGAUAACCGCAUCUUUGAGGCGACAGCGCUCAUGCACCCCACCACCUACCUCAAUAAGAUUCUUGUGGGAAGCAGACAGGGUACCAUGCAGAUCUGGAAUAUUAAAUCCAAUAAGCUAGUGUACAGCUUUUCUGGCUGGGGUUCUCCCAUCACAGCCAUUGAGCAGGCCCCAGCAGUUGACGUGGUGGCCGUGGGACUCGAAGAUGGCAGAAUCGUCGUUCACAACUUGAAAUAUGAUGAGACCAUCGUCACGUUCACACAGGAGUGGGGUCCUGUAACUGCUAUCUCAUUCAGGACAGAUGGUCACCCAAUCAUGGCUACCGGCAGCCCCGUGGGCCACAUCGCCCUCUGGAACCUGGAGGAGAAGUGUCUUCAAGCUCAGAUGAGAGACGCACACAAGUCGGGCAUUGCUGGCAUGAGGUUCCUCUCAUCAGAACCUGUCCUAGUCACCAACUCGGCUGAUAAUUCUCUCAAGAUGUGGAUAUUUGACCAGCCGGAUGGCAGUGGACGUCUACUUCGCGUCCGUGCGGGUCACAGCCUACCCCCAGCAAAGAUACGGUUCUACGGUGAUCAGGGACAGAAUAUUCUCAGUGCUGGUCAGGACAGUACCCUGAAAUCCUUCUCCACCCUGCAUGAGAAGCACAACAAGGACCUGGGCCAGGCAAAUCUGAAGAAGACGUUGGGCAACAAGAAAGGAGUACUGAAACAGAGAUUCAAGAUGGCUGCCAUCACCCACUUUGCCGCAGAAAAAAGUCGGGAGAGCGAGUGGGACAGCAUUGCAGCCUGUCACCAAGGCACUGCCAUGGUAACCACAUGGAACUACCAGCGAAGCACUAUGGGUAAACAUAAGCUGACGUGCCUGCAUGCUUCCCAAGCUACAGAUGUGGAGGCUACGGCAAUUGACAUUUCCUCCUGUGGGAACUUUGUCCUGGUUGGCUGGAGCACUGGUCAUGUGGACACCUACAACAUCCAAUCAGGGAUUCACAGGGGUUCCUACGGCAAUCCAAAAGCACACGAUGGCGCUAUUCGAGGUCUUGUCAUCGACGGUCUCAAUCAGGUGGUCAUCACAGGAUCGCUAGAUUCCAAGUUAAAGUUCUGGAAAUUCAAAUUGCGGAAAGAGUUGGACAGUUUGGCACUGGACGCACCCGUCAACCAACUCUUGCUACACAGAGACAGUUCCAUGCUUGCAAUCAGCAUGGACAACUUUGUGGUUGUAAUUGUGGACGCGGAUCUGCGCAGGAUUGUACGAAGGUUCAAAGGUCAUCUGAACAGAAUUACGGAUAUGGCAUUCAGUCAGGAUGCUAGAUGGCUUGUGACCUCAUCAAUGGACUCUACCAUUAGGACGUGGGAUCUUCCCUCAAGCAGACUUAUUGAUAGUUUUCUUGUCGAGGACGCAGCAACGAGCUUAACGCUAUCCCCAACCGGGGACUUUCUGGCCACAACACAUGUAGACGAUCUCGGUGUCUAUUUAUGGUCCAAUAAAACCCUGUAUGCCCACGUGCCCAUCCGCCCCCUUCCAGACACCUUCGAGCCGAGCACAGUGGCUCUACCAGGUACCCACCUCCAACCACAAGAUAUUCAUGAGAUUGAUUCGGACGAGGACCAGACAGUUGACCUCAGAGCUAGUGACCUCGUGUCAGAGUUCAAGUCACCACAGCAAAUCUCAGCCGAACUGGUGACACUGUCCCUUCUGCCCAACUCCAGAUGGAAAAGUCUGACCAAUUUAGAACUCAUCAAGCAACGGAAUAAACCCAAAGAGCCCCCCAAAGUGCCCAAGUCAGCUCCGUUCUUUCUUCCGACGAUAGCUGGCUUGACUCCAAAGUUUGCAGCACUGCAAGAUGACGAUGAUAAAGAUAAGGGAAAAGUGAAAUCAAUGAGUCUUCCAAGUUUUGGACAACAGUCUCGACUUUCUUCGGCUCUUGAACGGAGCGUAGAAUCUCAACAAUUUGACCCGAUUCUUGGCCUUUUGAAGUCCUGGUCACCGUCAGAGAUUGACGUGGAGUUGCGUAGUCUUUCGCAGCUAGGGGGUGGCUCAACUGACGCUCUUCAACAAUUCCUCCGUUUCCUUGGCAAAAGUCUUCAGGAUAACUUAGAUUUUGAACUCCUACAAGCCUACAUGACCAUCUUUCUUAAGCUCCAUGGCAACGAGAUUGCCAACGAACCGGUUUUGGCAGAGGAGGUACGCCAGCUGGCAGCGGUACAGCAGUCGUCAUGGCAACGGAUACAAGCACAGUUCAACAAGUGCCUUUGCUUGAUAGCCUACAUGAAGAACCCUGCCGUGUAAAGGGAGUCGAGAGGCCGUGUGAAUUGCCAGAUAGGGUGAAACACAUGGUGGGGGACAUGAGAACCCUGCCGUGUGAAGGGAAUUGCCUGGCUGUGUUAAGUGAAAGAUAUGGUGAGACACAGGGUGGGGGACAGGGAGGGGGCGUAGUGCAUCCGUACCCACUGAGAAAUUCCAAAUUCUUUGGGAUAGAGGAUUUUAAGUGACAAAUAUCCCAUGCCAAUGCAAGAGAUAUUUCCAAUUCUUGGAAAUAAGGGACAAAAUUUCUGUCCUAAUUUCUCUCUUCCUUCACUUCAGUGUCCAAGGUUCCAAUCCAACUCAAGGAUAAAGUUUUCAGUCUGUUUGACUGCUUCGUGUUUAUGUUUGUGUUAUGUAUUCUCUGGUCACUCACUUUUAACACCCCCCCCCCCCCAAACAAUAUAAUGAUUUUUUUUAAGUGGUUUUAUCCAUCUAGAAGAGAAUGGUAGAAAAGGCUUUGGAAAACGGCUCAAUACGGAACAUAACCACCAAAGCUUCGCUCCACCCCCAGGCUGAAAUGGAACGGUCUAGACAUGACCAUUGAUCAAUUGCUAACACUUUUAAUCAUCGCCUUCCAAGAAAACAUACAAACAACUGUCAACAAAAACAACAAAUAAACUGAAUAAAGAUUGAUACUUCGAUGCCUUUUGUGACCGUGUGUACUGAACACCCUGCAGUAGGCCUUUUGUGACUGUUUUUACUGUUUUUACGUUUUAAAGCACAUAGUCGUGUAAUUGUGUUCUUCAAAGAUGGCGGCCUCCAUACACCAAGGGAAAAUUAAUUUCCCAGCCGCCAUUAAACCAUCGGCCGUGGGCGCAUAAUUGCAUUAUUGAUUCCCGGCCCAUGGAUAGAAAAUGUCUGGUAGUAUCACAGAGAAAGGCCAAAAUCACUCCGAAAGUGGAGAAGGGUUUCUGCCUGAUGCUUGACAACGCCUUUAAUCACCCCUGACAAGGAGAAAGUGCGAAGCAAGACAUCGAUUGGUGUGCUUUCAUAUCCUGUUUUGUUGGGAAUCAAAUCUGGAAAUGUUCAUAAAAACAAGGACGAGCUAUACUCCCGUGUGCGAAGCGACAGCGUUGGCAUUGCUAUGUUGGUGUGGUUAAAAGGGGCAUAUGUAAAAUGUUGUUUUGUCUGGAUUUCAAAAGAACUCGUGACCUCAGUUGUAAAAAUUUCUUGACAUUUUGAUUAAAUUGUGAAAAGUACCUCGA